ACCGACGGACUACAGAUCCCAGAAAGCAUUGCGGCCUUUGACAUCACUGUGCGGAGUUUGUCAUCGCUGAAACGGUCGGAGUCGGCUCCAAGAUAUGAUGUAAAGAAAACGAUGUCUGGUGUAGAAACAAGUAUUGGGCCUUCAGAGCUUGAAGGAGAAAUGAGUGGUCCCUGUUUGAAAAGACAAAAAACGGAGAGUGUUGCUGAAGAAAGUGAAUGUGAUUCUACUGAAUUUCCUGAGAAAGAAAAAACAAAUGGUGCUGAGCAACAAAAUGAAACUGAAUUCUGUGCCCCACAUGCCGAUUCAAUCUCUCAGAGAGAAAACAUUGUAAGUGAGUCUUCAGUUUUGAAACUCGAAGAGGACAGUGGGCACCACAAUAAAAAUGGUAUUGCUAUGCCUGAAAGCAAUGCUGAACUUGAAAAUGAAUUAAGCCUGUUUUAUAAAGAAUUGGAGGAAAUUGAAAAUGAGACUGAUUUGCUUCUUAAUGAAUGUGUAGAUGAUUUACAAAGUUCAGAAAAAAGUCAAGGAAACAUGACAGUGGAUAAACAUGAAGGAAAUAAGACUAGGAAGAUAUGCAAAAAGACUACAAGUGGGAAACAUAAGGCUCAAGAUGAAUGUGACCCAUGUACUGGUAGACCACAAAUUCCACUUGCUGAACAAUUAGGUGGUGCACAUUGGCAUAAUAUUUUGUCUCCUGCAAGGCCUCAGUGGAAUCAGCCACAGCCCUUUAUUGGUCCACAAAGACCACGUCUGCUGAGUUUCAGUAUCCCAUUUGCUUAUCAAAGAUACAGUGGCCCAACACAGGAGCCAGUGCCUUUUCCGAAUAACAAACCACAUUUAACUAACAAGUUUGGCAGUAACUACUACAACACUGCACCAAUCCAAGGCAGAGAUGAGUAUUGUAAUAUUUGGCCAAUCCCCAGUACUAACAAUGCAGUGCAACCUGGGCAUAACUAUUUUCAUGAUUAUUAUCCACGUGAAAAUAUGGAGCGUCAAUCCAAUCUACUGGAGCUUAGUAUAAAUAACUUGUAUCAGCAGCAUCGGAAAACAGAGCAGCAGCGUUUAAAACCAGGAAUUGGAGAUAAAGUUCUCAUAUUUAUGCGUGGUCCACCAGGCUGUGGAAAAUCCACUCUUUCACGGUUGCUGUUAGCUCAAAGCCCAAAUGGUGUGGUAUUAAGCACAGAUGAUUAUUUCUGUCAGAAUGGGGUUUACUGCUUUGAUCCCAAUUACCUUGGAGAAGCUCACGAGUGGAAUCAGAACAGAGCUAAACAGUCAAUGGAUGAAGGCAGGUCACCUAUAAUUAUAGAUAAUACUAAUAUCCAGGCAUGGGAAAUGAAACCAUAUGCGCAGAUGGCUGUGGAACGGUGUUACAGCUUGAGUUUUCGAGAGCCAGAAACCUGGUGGAAGUUUAAUGUUGUGGAGCUGGAAAAGAGGAAUAAGCAUCAAGUUUCACGUGAGAAGAUCAUUCAAAUGAUGGACCGUUUUGAAUAUCCUAUUUCUUCAGAGAUAGUGUUGAAUGCAGUGGAGCCUUCUCGCAAUAAUAAAGUUUUGCUAGAUCUGCAUCCACAUUGCAACCAGAGGUGGGAAGGACCUAUUGAUUCUUGAUCUUCUGUCGGUGUUCUGAAUAACAGAUAGCACAAGUGGUGCUUUGUGAACUGUUGUCACUUCAAUCUGCACCAGUUAGUGAAAAAUUGUACCAUAAUUUUUCACAAAACAUGGAUUUGUGAGAAAACACAUUUUAUAUCUUUUUAUAACCUUCAAAUAUGCAGAUUACACUGAAAAACAGAUAACUGUUUUGGAAGAUUUUUAUUUUUUUAAAACUCAUCACUUAUUUUCAGUCGGUUUGUACCGUGCCCAAGGCAUCGCAAAGAUUACUUAAUUCAGUAACUUUUUUACUUGAAGUAUGAACUGUUUGUAGCUUUGUGCAUGGAUUUUAUAACGAAACAUGAGCAGAAAGUAGAGGUAUGUAAAGAUAAAUUGCAUAGGAGAGUCUGGUAAUCUGGUCACGUUGUUGAUUUCCCCACAAGUUUGUUGAUUCUAGUUUUGAAUAAUGCUGUAAAAAGUGGUCAGUAAAUUAAGUGUAUUGACAAUUUAUUUGAAAUGUACAAUAACAAAGGAUGUGCUGAAAGAUCUGACAUAUACUUAUAUUACAGAGCUUAUUUAUUUAGUGUGCUUACUUCUGUCCAGAAUUUAAAUAUGGUCCUUGCUUUCCAGAUGAGAAUGUUUAUAGGUCUUUGAAGGACGUCAAGAGGAGAAAACAAAUUUCUCUUCUGUGGGAAAACAUCUAGAGUUUUGGAAUUAAUUGUAGUGUACUGAAAAGUCUUCAUAGGAAAUUCGGAGUUUAGUUAUUAGUUGGGACGUUGAAUUUUUUUUUCAUUUGAGUGUGUGUGUGUGUGUGUGUGUGUGUGGCCUAAAAUGUCAAGUGACCAUGCAAUUGCAACAGUACGCUCUUACACCAAAGCAGUUGGACAUGUUUCAUGUAGUUUGAUGAACUGUUAAAUUAUAGCUCAUGUAAUAAAUGAAUGGAUGAUUUUAUUGUCAUAUGUAUCUUGAAGAUACAGUGAUAAAUAUUUUAUCACCACAAUCCAGUGCCAUUUUAAGCUAUAAAAAGAAAUUCUUUAAAUAAUUUUAAAGUUCAUCUUCUGUUCAAAUUGGGUCUCGAGCACAGCUCUACAAGGUUUCUGGUAAGUGUUCCAGACCUCAAGAAGUCCUGCUGUGAGAACAACAAUGAUGGCACUAAUGCCCCAGGAGACUCUGGCUCUGCUACCAUCUGAGUCUGCAAGGAGUCCACGUUUCAGCCUACCACUACCACCAAGAGUCCAGACUCGCAGCCCUGCUGCCACCAAGAGUCCAGGCUCCAAACCUACUGCCACCUGGAGUCCCGAUCCACGCCGCCGACACUGUAGCCAUCACCCCACUGACACCACUCCGGCCUCUAAGAUGAAGAAUGAAAAUAAAAAGACGACAAAAGUUACAGAGAAAUAAGGAGUAGACGGGCUCUAACAAGCCCAAAUACUGCAUAUGGUGCCGGCACCAAGGAGAAAUUAACCUGCCUGCUGAUCCUUUCCACAGUUUGUUACUGCUUAAAGUAAAUUUUGAGAGAUUGAGCUAAAAGCUUGGACAGGUUGUGAUAAAUUAACUGCUGUGGACUUUCCCAAAAGGAUGCAUAAAGAAAGAGCGUGCUAAGUUUCUGCGUGAGUUAAUUUCAUACUAAAUUUUUAAAUGAAACAUUGAUAGAACCUUUAACUGUUCAAACAUUUGAUCUCAUUGCAGUUUAAGCCUAAAACUAACAGUUCGUAAGUAAAGUGAGUCUGUGACUACUUUUUAGUUAUGUUCAUGGUGCACAGAAUCAAAAUCUCUGUGUAUAGUUGUUUUCCUGACUACUUGUGUUCCAAGCAAUCAGUCAUGACUGGCAGAGCCCACACCUCUGAGUCAGUAGACUAUGGAUUCGAACAAUAAAAAUACCUUAAAAUCUUAGUUGAGUACAAAACCUAGGCUGAUGAGUUGUGGAAUGGCAGAGGCUGUGAGACUAAAGCUAGGCCGCAUUUUCCAGUGGACGUAAAAUGUACAGUAGCACUAUCCAUACAUAAUCUCGGUGAUGUUCUCCUGGUAUCUAGCUUAUGUCUGUUCAUUAACCAAUGUUACCUCUCAAAAACCUUAUCUGUGACUCUUUUCACUGUAUGCAAAUUAAUUAAGUGUACUAUACUAGAUAGCACUUUUUUUUAAAAAAUGAAACUCAAAAAUGAUUUAACAGUUUUUGAUUUUUAUAAUACCUUUGUGUUUCAGGGAUUGGGGUAAAAAACAUAUAUGCAGAAAAAAAAGCAAUAUCUAAUACAGUAAUUGAAAUUAUUCCAGUUGCUAUUUGUCAGGUUCUUUAGUGCUACAUUCCACUGAGGCAGCUGCUGUUAAAAUGGCAAAGAUAUCCUGAAUUGUAUUUGAUGUUCAGUGUUUCAGACUACUACUUAUAUGCUUGAUCAUUUGAAAGAAUGAAUACAUCUGUAAAUUCUACAUGAUCGUUUUGAGGGUCAAUUAAUCUUUUGAUGUCUAAUGCUGUAGAAGUCUACACAUAAAAAGGUGCUUCGACCCAUCAGCUCAGUACUAGUCAAAAACAACCAGCUAACUUCUAAUUUAUUUCUCCAGUACUUGGCCCAUUGCCUUGAAUGCCUUAGCAUCACAAUUGAACAUCAAAAUACAGUUUAUGUUAUGAGGCCUCUUCCACCCUUUGCAGGCAGUGAGUUUGAUUCCCAAAAGAUAUUUCCAUGCAUCUCCUCUAAACCACCUGCGCUUGAUCUUAAAUCCAUGCAUUCUGGUCAUUGAUCCUUCCAUCAAGGGGAAAAGUGUUUUUCCCCAUCAACCCUGUCUAUUCCCCCAUAAUCAUAUACGUAUCAAUCCUAUCCCUGCUUAAUGUCCAUGACCCAAGGAAAACAACCUUAGUCUAUCCAAUCUGUUUAUGAUUAUAACUUUCCAGACCAGCAACAUCAUCGCAAACCUCCUAUACACCUCCUUAUAAUGUGGAUUUCAGAACUACCACGCACAUGCGCGCACACACACACACACACCCCUGAUUGAAAGGCAAGUAUUCCAUAUGCCCUUGGUGCUACAUGAUCCACCUGUACCACUGCAUUAAGGGACCGGUGGACGUGCAUGUCAAGAUGCAUCAGAUCCCCUAUGCUUGCCAGGGUUCUACCCUUCAUCAUGUCUUAUCCCCUUGCCUUGUUUAUCAAAAGUGUCACCUCACAUUUAUCCAGAUUGAAUUCCAUUUGCUACUGAUCAUCCCAUCCAACCUGCUCAUCUGUAUUUGCCUGUAAUGUAGAGCUACACUCCUACAAUCUGCAGCGAUCCUCCUCACUAUUUCCUGCCCUACCAAUUUUAGCAUCACCCUCAACUUACUGACCAACCCUUCUAGAUUCAUUGAAAUUAUUUACAUAUACUACAAACAGCAGUGGCCCCCACAUUCAUGUGUGCGGAACCCAACAGUCGCAAAAACACCUUGACUAUCACCCUCAACUUCCUGCCAGUCAUCGAACUCGAACCAAUUUUCCAAGUUUCCUUGGAUUCCAUGGACCAUUGACCUUUUGUUAUCGGUCUUCCAAGUGGACCCUUACCAAAAGCAAUGCUGCAGUCCAACCAGACUACAUCACAUACAUUGCCUCCAUCUACACAUCUGAUUACUUGUUUCAAAGAAUUCAGUCAUGUUGGUCAGACAUGAUCUUCUCUUAACAAAACAAUGCUGACUGUUCUUGAUUAAUUCCUGCCUCUCCAUGUGCUUACUGUUGCUGAAACAAGAGACAUGUUGCUGUAGUUAUUUGUUUUGAACUUGAGGACAAAUGCAAAAUGGGAAUUUCAAACUAUUACAACAGUUUGCGCUACAGGAGGAAAAUGUUUCUGAUUGGUUGGCAAGUAGAGUCAUUGUUAUACAGCAUAGAAACCGAUCUUUUGGUCCAACUCAUCCAUGCCGACCAGAUAUCCUAAACUGAUCUAGGUCUAUUUGCCAGCAUUUGGCCCAUACUGCUCUAAACCUUAACUAUUCAUGUCCCCAUCCAGUUGACUUUUAAAUGUCAUUCUUGUACCCGCCUCCACCACUUCAUCUGGUCAGCUUGUUCCAUACAUGCAUCGUCCUUUACAUGAAAAAGUUGCCCCCUCAGAUCCCUGUUAAAUCUUUCCAUUCUCUAUUUAAACCUCUGGCCUCUAGUUUUGGACUCCCCUACCCUGCGAGAAAGACUUUGGCUGUUCACCCUAUCCGUGCCCCUUGUGAUUUUAUAAACCUCUGUAGGGCCACCCCUCAGCCUCCGACACUUGGGGAGAAAAGUCCCAGCCUGUCCAGCCUUUCUGUUUAGCUCCAAUCCUGACAACAUACCUGUAAAUCAUCUCUGAACCCUUUCAAGUUUAACAACAUCUUUACUAAUUUGAGUGCAGUAUUCUAAAAAUGGCCUCUCCAAUGUCCUGCACGGCUGCAACAUGAAAUUGACUCCUGGACUCACUGUCCUGACCAAUGAAGGCAAGUGUGCCGGAUGCUGCUGUCACUACCCUGUUUACCUGCACUUCCUUCACUUUCAAGGAACUUUGCAUCUGCAUACCUAGGUCUGUUUGUUGGCAACACACCCUGGGACCCUACCAUUAAGUGCAUAAAUCCUGCGCUGAUUUGCCAUACAAAAAUGCAACACCUCCUGUUUCUUGAAAUUAAACUUUAUCUGCCACUCUUCAGCCCAUUGGUCCAUCCGAUCAAAGUCACAUUGUACUCUGAGAUAAUCUUCACUGUCCACUUUACCACCAAUGCUAUCGUAUGCAAAUUUUCUAACUCUACCUCCUGUAUUAGCAUCCAAAUCGUUUACAUAAAUGAGGAAAAGCAGUCGACGCAGCACUGACCCUUGCAGUGCACCACUGGUCACAGCCUGAAAAAACAGUUGUUUUCUAUCCUCAAACCAAUUUUGUAUCCACUUGGCUCCCCCUGGAUUCCAUGUAAUCUAACCAGCCUACUAUGUGGAACCUUGUCAUACACCUUGCAAAAAUCCAUGUAGAUAUCAUCUACCACUCUGCCUUCAUUAAUCUUCUUUGUCAUGUCUUCAAAAAAACUGAAGUUUGAGAGACACUAUUUCCCACACAGAAAGGAAGUCUAAUUUCUGAAGCAUUCCACAAGAUAACAAUGGGGAGGUAUAAAAACAUAGUAAUAGGCCUCUCGAGCCUUCUUCAUGACUCAGACUGCUGAUCAUAUACCUUUCUGCUAUUAUACCCCACUGUCCUCUGUCUUUGUCAUUCAAAUCCAGAUUUAAAUAAUUUUCUGGCUUGAAUAUACUUGAUUAUUGAGCUUUACAAUUCUGAAAUAAAGAAUUUGACAGAUUCUUCAUCCUCCAAAUAAAGAAAUCCCUCGUAACAAGGUGUACAGCUGGAUGAACACAGCAGGCCGAGCGGCAUCAGAGGGGCCAGAAAGCUAGCUCUCCUGCCUCUCUGAUGCUGCUUGGCCUGCUGUGUUCAUCCAGCUGUACACAUUGUUAUCUCAGAUUCUCCAUCAUCUGCAGUUCCUACUGUCUCUGAAGAAAUCAGUCUUUGUAUUUUGGACUCCUUAUGAAUGUAUGUGAAUGAGCUGUCUUGAUUUGACAGAUUAUCUUAAGUUCGUUCAUGUAGCUAUUAUUGCAUUCAGUUGUUCAGCAAAUGCACCCUGAGUGCAAGUGACAUCAAAAAGCUGACGUUUUGUUUUGGUUUUGCAAACACACAUUGGUCGAAUACAUUUUGAUAUACCUAUUUUGAUCUUGGACCAUUCUUUGCAAAUAAGUAGGAUGUGUCCAAGCUAUGUGCCUAAUUUGAUUUAACCGAAAGUUUAGAGAGCCCUAUUGCUUUCUCCAUGGCAGUGUGUAAGCACAUCAGUCAAUUUGUCAGCCAAAAGGCAUUUCUUUUUCUUGCAGGAUAAACUGUUGUAAUUCUUAAAAUUUUGCAUCCUAUUUCAGAGGACAUCCCCACUGUAAGUAUGUUACAAGCAUGUAUUACUUAUUACCAUUUGUCAUUACUAUGUAAUCAAUAAUUAUUUUUCAAGGCUUCAAAUUUAGAUGUAAUUGUAUAUAUUUACAUUUGUAUGUAUAUCUGUAUACAGUAAAUUUACUGCAAUAUAUUUGAACUUUGUGCAAGAAUUUGUUGUAAAAGUUUGCAUUAUAUCCCUGAUGAAUUGUCUAUUAAAAAAACUAAGUUAGGAAUAAAACUGUGUACAAUUUGUACUUUUAAAUCCCUGUUCAGUUCCAUUUUGCAGAGUUUGCAUUUUGUAU